AUGGAAAAAUAAAAAAAUAAAAAUAAAGAAAUAUAAUAAAACACUGAAGAAUCUGAAGAUAGUGAAAAUGAAGAUGAUGAUGAAAAUAAAGAAUAAAACGAUGAUGAUGAUGACGAUAAAAAUAAUGGCAUUUUAAUCCCUGUUGUAGAAUGGGUUAAAGGUAUUAUUCCAAGAAUAAUUCCAAAGCCUUAAUCAGCUAAAUGA